AUGUUUUUGAUCAAAUUUGCAAAUUCAGUUUUAUACAUUCUUAGUCUAAAUUGUUGGCUUAGAGCAUUUGUCCCUGGUGCUUGCAUAUAUGAGGUUGUUGGUUCAACUCUGGCAGAAGGCAAGUUUGUUAUAAGAACAGGUUUAGAGAAGGGCUAUCUAUGUGCCAUCAGUUUGGAGCCAUGGGCUAUGGAGGGUAUUAGGGUAAGGGUAGACCUACAAAAGGGGGAAAGAUUUGCCAAUGUUGAUUUUGCAAUGGCAUCUGGCUUGAAGCAUUGGAUGGAACUGCGCUUGCACGUCUCAGACUACGACAUUAAUUUGGCAGCUGUCGCGAAAUUUCAUCUCCCGGUGCACAAAGCAUCAUGUUGGUAUAAGUUCUUAUACCAUUGGUUGCACGGCAUGGGGAUGACAGAUGACAAGGCCCCUGAACAAAUCUGGGCGAUAUUAAAUAAUACCGGAGGCAGCACUCAUGAGAUGACCUUGGGACAUUGUCACGACAUCAUCAAUGAUCACCACUCAGACAUGAAUAGACAAGCAUCAAACUUGCUGCAGAGGCAUGAAGAUGGUAUAGAUGCCAUGGGCACAGGGAUGGUGGGAGCAGUUGUGGAGGGUAUGGAGUUGCAAAAGCUCAGGGAGGAUCUUCUGAACGAGUUGGAGUUGGCUGAUGAGAAGUUGCUAGAGGACUCGGAGCUGGGACACCGCUUUAUGAUAUAA